GUGUCGUUGUCAAGCAUGUAGAUCCUCGUCAAGGUGGGGUUAACAUGGUAGGUGGCGCGAGCUUGGUGCUACGUAAUUCCCCUGCAGAGGGAGCUGUUCAGGGAACACCAAACACGCUCUUCAAGCUCACUGCCGCAGCAGCACCGCCGCCUCCACACAACCGCCCUUCGGCCAUCUUGCUGACCUCUUCCGAUAAACCUUAAGGAUAUCUAACGAGUUGACAUGCGCGUACCGCCCACAGCACUACGAUAGUCCUAGAUUCUCCACAUCGAUGAUCCAUCCCGGACGGCCACAGUCCAGGCCGCAGGCAACGUGCACAGGCGAGUGGCAGCGAAAACGCAUCAUCGCGUACAUCUCCGGCGACAGCUUGGUUAUUCUAGGCGCCGUUGAUCAGCUCAUACAGACGAUCUACCCGGGCGCGGACGAGCACUUGAAGGCGGUCGCGAUCGAUGAGGUCACCGGAAAGCUCGCCGUGUGUGCUGGCGGGAAGGUGUGGGUUCUCAGACCGAACGGGAGGGGUGGGGACUAUUUGAAGUGGGAAUCGCAAACUCGGAUCUCGCUCGAUGCCUCGGACGGCCCAGCAACGACGCUCUCUUGGGGCUCCAGCGAGGAGCUCCUAGUCGGCAGCAACUCCCUGACGCUAUGGUCCACGGCCGCUACCAACGACACGGCGGAUGUCCGGCUGCUCUGGCGGCGCCCUCUCGCCAACCCCGCCGCGCUCGCAGUCUUCAGCUGGGACGCAUCUCUCGCCGCCUCGGUGGCCCACCAUGACCGGCUCGUCAAGAUCUGGUGGAAGAUUUCGAUUGGCAGCGACGACAACCAGCUCGACUUUGCGUAUCUCCCGCAUCCGCGCGCGGUUACGUGGAUGCAGUGGCGCCCGCCCAUGCAGCGCGGGGAGACGGUGGAUAAUGUGCUGUAUACCAUCACGGCGGACCAAGUACUGCGGGUAUGGGCGCCCGUGUAUCCGCACGAUGGGCAUCUGCUGCAGCUGUGGGCAGUUUUGGAUCUGCGCGAGAGUAUUCCACGCGCACCCGGAGCACCGCAGGAUGAGAGGUACCAUGCACUCAUUGUGGAUAGCAAAGUGUUCCGGCUUGGAGCGGAGCAGGCGGUGGCUACGGCGGGGGAGAGUAAUAAGGAGCAGGAGAUUCUUCAGCGGCUCGUUGAGGUCGCAAAAAGGAGCCCUGAUGUCGUGGUAGUGUUUGAUUCCCGGGGACGGCUGAGUGCAUGGGGCCUUGAGAACGUCUCGUGCAAGAGUCGGAAAACGACAAAUACUUUCAGUAUUGUGCAUGCCGAGAACUCCGGCGUCAGGGUCGGGAGUGGUGAGACGAUAUUUACGGCGUUCGCGGGCGGGAUGGGGUUGGUGGUGUUGGCGCACUCGUUUGAGGGGCGGAUAUGCUGGCUGGAGUCGAGGCUGGAUACGCUGCUUGAUCUUUCGCCGAGUGGUGUCAGGUUCCAAGUCAAGGGGAAGUGGACUGGACAUGAUGCACCAAUCCAGUCUGUGAUGCGGAACGCAGACGGGAGGAGCUUGUUGAGUUCAACGGAGGCGAACCGGCACCUGAUAUGGACACGGGAAGAGCUCGGGGAUUCAGUAGCAUUGCAGAGGAAGAGUUCACUACAGCCACAUGAUGUAGUCGAGCGGGCUGUGAUUCUGGAAAACGGGGACUACAUCAUGACCUUGCACGCCGACUACGUGGCAUUAUGGGAUACUGAACCUGCCGUCUCGGUGGAAGUAGCACGUUGCAACUUCACUAAUAACGGAAAGAUGUUGUGUCUACUACUGCUCCCGGAGAUUGCCAACAGCCCGCCGAUGUACCAUGUUGUGGCAGUCGACGAGGAAAUGACAGGCAUUGCCUGGGAGGUCUCAUUACCACUCCGGCCGUCAAAAGCAGCGCACGACGGGGCAAACGGAAAUGUCCUCUACCUGAAAGAAUUGGCAAGAUUUGAUCUGGGACCGCGGGAUGGAUUACUAGCCAUUAUUCCCGUUGAUCCGGUGGGCUGGAAUGCAGUUCUCUCCGAGAGCCUGGACAUGUUUUCCCGUGAGGUAGCCACAACGAUAUCCAAGUCCGGCCUACUUCGAUCUUGGACAGUUAAGGUCUUCAAAGACGAGGCGAAACUAAAAUGGCUAGCCACAUCGACGGUCGAAACCGGUGUUCAAAACCCAUCGCUGGCAAAGGGCAACUCCAUACGCAAGAUUGCGCUAGUCGAUGAAGCCAGGACAGAAUUGACUAUCUGGGAUUCGAAGUCGCCGCAGCUGGAGUUUAGGAAGCUGUCCGCAAAUGGCGAAGUUAUACGGGAUUUGGACUGGACAUCGACACCGCAGAGUCAGUCUAUCCUCGCGGUGGGAUUCCCGCAUCGAGUGGUGUUGCUUUGUCAACUGCGAUACGACUACUUAAAUGCCGGGCCCGCUUGGGCUCCAUUCAGGGAAAUCGGCAUUGAAGCUAUGACGCCACAUCCGAUCGGUGAUUCCGUAUGGCUCCAAGACGGUGCGCUAGUCAUCGGUGCCGGAAACCAGCUAUUCCUCUAUCCUAAGAAGAUAGAGGGUGAAGACAAAAUCCUGGACUCGUUGCAUCUGACUUCGCAUAACAGCAAGUUUGACAACAUCUUCGAUAUCGUCUCGCAGCUAAAUGGACCGCUACCGGUGUAUCAUCCACAGUUCCUGCAGCAAUGCAUUCUGGCUGGAAAGUCGAAGCUUGUCGAGAUGAUACUUGUCAAGCUGUACAAGGAACUGAGAAAUUAUCAUGAGGAAAUUGGUCUGGAUCCGUUUUUGGAUUUGCCAAUUGAUACGUUACUCGCGAGAGAUCAGCCUCCGAUGCUGAAUAGACGGGCAAGUACAUACUCGCCGUUCUUCGACUCCUUCCAGGAAGAUGAGGAUCUUUCCACCGUCGACGAAACACUAGCAGAAAAGCUCCGCGAACUCCUCACGAAUAUUCCCAUUCCGCACAUGACCGGGCCAGAACAAAUCAACCUCGCAGUGAUCGCCGAAUCGGUAGCGCAAGUCAACAAGCACCGACGUUCCAUGGACGAGCACGGAGCGCAAUACCUACUGUUCUUCCGCCAGAACAAUUUCCGCCGCGAGCAAGCGGAGCACGAAAUGUCAUGGCGAGAGAUCACUUGGGCGUUUCAUAGCGCCUCGCAGGAGAUCCUCGUGGAUCUUGUCAAUGGGAAUUGUCAGGGGCGAAUGAUGUGGCAACAAGCAAGACAAUCGGGUAUCUUUAUGUGGCUGAAGGACUCUGAGGCAAUCAAGAGGCAGUUUGAGGCAAUCGCUAGGAAUCACUAUACCAGUACCGACGAGAAGAAUCCUGUUGACUGCUCUCUCUACUACCUUGCGCUCAAGAAGAAGAAUGUCCUGACGGGGCUGUGGAGGAUGGCGAGUUGGCACAAGGAGCAGACGUCUACGUUGCGCUUCCUGUCGAACAAUUUCAACGAGCCAAAGUGGAAAACGGCGGCGCUGAAGAAUGCGUACGCACUGCUAGGGAAGCACCGGUUUGAAUACGCGGCCGCCUUUUUCCUUCUCGCCGACUCUCCCAAGGACGCUGUCUCCGUCAUAUUCUCCUCCCUUAAAGAUCCCCAACUUGCCAUCACCAUUGCCCGCGUCUACGAAGGCAACGAUUCGGGUCCUGUCCUCCGCAACCUCCUCGAGAACAAGAUCCUCCCCAACGCCGUGGCCGAAGGCAAUCGCUGGCUAGCCUCAUGGACCUUCUGGAUGCUACAGCGCAGAGACAUGGCCGUCCGCGCGCUUCUCUCCCCGCUCUCAACCAUCCACGCUCCCAUCACGGCCCCUCAAAACCCCGACAGCCGCCUCUUCCUCCUCAACGACCCUGCGCUCAUCAUUUUCUACAAGCACAUCCGCUCGCGCACCACCACAACCCUCAAAGGCGCACAUGAAAUCACCCCAGCGAUGGAAUGGGGCUUCGUCGUCGCCACAGCCUGCGUCUAUGACCGCAUGGGCUGUGACUUCCUCGCGCUGGAUCUCGUCAAGAACUGGGAGUUCCUACAUAUCGAACGCAACGUCCUCACCACCAACCCGAACUCACGCUCCCACGCUAGGAAUCUGCUGCGAAAGGCGAGGAGGAACUCGACCAUUAUUGCCGAUGAUAUCCUGGAGUUCAGGGAGGAGAAGAAGGAUACGGCGACGGCGGUGGUGACCGAGAAGGCCCCCGCAUGGAAGGAGGGCCUGGUUAAGCCGCCCGCGGCGGUGUGGGAGGAGCCGGAUAUGAGCUGGGCUUUUUAGGUAGAUCAUCUGCGCUGGAGGAUGGCGUUGGAGCAUGUUUUGCGUUUCGUUUGUAUAUGGUACGAUGUUGGAGACUUUGUUCUUAUAAUACGACACAGUUGCUAC